CCGGACGUUAGUCGUGCUCACUACUGGUUUUGAUAACUCUCCGCGUAACUCAGAGUAACGCAUCCAGUGACUUAUUUCCGCGUUCCACUUCAGUCGGCUCCGUUAUCAAUAAUCAGAUAGCUCACCAACGAUAUCACUACUUAUACGCCCCAGAUCAUUGUGCAAUUUGGCGCUCACGCACAUCAUCAGAACAUUCAACACAUGCUCAUCGUAGCAUGCGACCAUAACAGUGUUUUACUUUCCUAUUAACUUGAAGCUGUCGCAAACCAUCCCGUCACGAAUUGACACCAUCCAUGACUUCGAUCCGCUGGAAGCCACAAAUCACGUAUCGCUCCCCCACCGCAGGGACAACCUCUCUCCAUCUAGAGGUGCCACCAGUUGGCUCUCAUGCAUCUUCGUCAAGCCAUUCUCCCUCCCCUCAAUCGCUUCAGCAUUGGACAAUCCACCAGUCCAGUCAUUCCAAGAGACACAAGAAAUGGAUGAUGGGCCCUUCACUGCCACUUUAUCAUCCUCUUGGUCGUCUAGCCCUGUCUCUCCCCGAUUUGGAUCCAACUGCGUUCGGGCUCCCCGCGCCGGCAGUAAUAAUGGAUGAUCCCACGCGCCGAUCUUCGAAUCGCGCGCGUCGCCCCGCACCCAAAGUACGCGAUGCAAAUGAGCCAGCUCCCUCCCCUGCCCCCUUCAUCGAUGUCACCCCUGCCCCUGAGCCAGAACUCAGGGAAAAACCUAGUUCCCGCAGGAGGCGCCCUGCUGGAAGCGGAAACAAAAGAAAGCGCAGAGAAGUUGAUGACGGUGACGCGACCUAUCCUGCCAAGCGCUCCCGCAACCCAAGGAGCUCCGCUGCCAAUGCCACGACACGCACUCCUACCGCCGGAGAGCCUUCUCCUCCCUACUCCGUUGAUAAUUCUGCUCUUUCCCCUGCACCUGAUGAUCCUCCAGAAGAAAAACGGCCCGAACGCCGGACCGCCAAGUCACGUGGUCUCCCUCGUAGGGAUUCUUCUGGAAGCGAGGCAACUGUCACUUCAGUAUCGGCCUCAAUUGUCGCGGGCAGUGUUGCACUUCUCAAAGAUAUCGGUGAAGAUGCUCUGGACAUCGACACUUCGCCAUCCAGCGGGCCCAAGGACACUGAGCGUAUCACCCGCAGCGGAGACCUCAGCAGCAAAGAUGCCAGUUCAGAUGGAGGUGGUAAAGCCGCAAAUAAUGUUCCAGGGUAGUAUGGCACCUCCUGUAUAUGUGUAAGAAACAUUUUGGUUUAUUAAACGAUAUGCAUUCCUUGUCUAUUGCUAUUUGUUCCUGACCAUCUUUUUUACUUGUUUUCUCUCAUCGUUAAUAUUUACCAGUUCGCGUCUCAGUAUUCAUGUACUUACUCCCUCGUAUUCUUAUGAUUGGCUUAUGAACAGGCUAAAAUUUUAUGAAUUAUCUAUACUAUUUCAACGAGACUGAUCUGGAAUAAAUUGACGGAUGACAAUCA